GGUAACGCCCAGGUACCCACCGGGACCCUCCGGUACUCACCGGGACCCUCCAGGACCCCUCCCGUUCCCACCGGGACCCCUCCGGUAUCAACCGGGACCCACCGGGACCCCUCCCGUACUCACCGGGACCCCUCCGGUACCCUCCAAGACCCCUCCGUUACUCCUCGGGACCCUCCGGUAACUCCCAGGAUGGCGAGCGAGCGCCUGCGCAGCGCCCAGGACCUGCUGGACCUCACCUUCCAGUCCCUGGCCAUGCAGCACAUGGACCUGAAGCAGGUGGAGCUGGACACGGCCGUGGCCAAGGUGGACGAGCUCUCCCGCCAGCUCGAGUCCCUCUGGACGGACGGGCCCGGACCCCCCCACAAAGAGCAGAGCAGCCCCGGCCGGAGCCGCUCCAGCCGCCGCAGCCUCCUGGGGGACGCCCUGGAAUUGGGGGGGGGUCUCGGGGACCCUCUGGGGCGACCCCAGCCCCAUUUCCUGGCGGCGGGGGGGGGAGGGGCGGAGCUGGAGCGAGCCCCCUCCCCCCGGCCCAAGGUGCUGGCGGUGCCCAGCCCGGGGGGCGGCAGAGCCCCCUCCCCACGGCCCCCCCCCCUCCUGCGGCCCCUGGAGCUGCUCGGGGGGCUCGGGGGGUCCCCGGGGGGGGCGUUCGGGGCUGAGAGACCCCCGAACCCCCCCCCGUACGAGGUGCAGGCGCUGUACCCGUCCCUGAGCGCCCCCGGAACGUUCCGGACACAGGAUGACCUGGGCCUCAAGCGGCGCCCGCACCGGAGCUGGAACGAGUCCGACCUGGACGUGGCCUACGAGAAAAAACCGGGGGGCUACGAGCGGACCCCCGAGCCCCCGGCCCGGCCCUCGCUGGGGCUCUGGAGGGAAUCCAGCCUGGACUCCGGCAAGGACGGCCCGUUCGCCUCGCACAGCGCCACCCUGCCGCGCAAUUACAAGGUGUCCCCGCUGGAGCGGCGGCCGGAGCCGGGCGGGCCCGGGACGGCGCCGCCGCCGCCGUCGCUGUCGCCGCUGCCGCCGUUCCGGUGCCCGCCCGGUGCCCGCACCCUGCCCCGGGGCUGGCAGCCGGGCCCGGCCGCGCCCCCCGGCCCGCAGCCGGUGUCGCGCAUCCCGGUGCCCCCCAACCCGCCGGGGAGACCCCCGCGGCACAAAGCGCUGCCGCUGUCGGUGAUCUUCCGGCUGCAGAACGCGUUCUGGGAGCACGGCGGGCCCAGGGGGAUCCCGCUCUUCGGGGGGACCCCAUCAUCAUCAUCAUCAUCAUCGUCACCAUCAUCAUCAUCAGCAUCGCGGGGGUCGCCCCAAAAGCUGCCCCUGGCGCUGCCCCCGGCCCCGGCGGGAAUGGCGGGAGGGGAAGCCGCCCCCCGCCCCGCGCCCCCGGAGCCUCCGGAGCCCGAGGCGGAGCUGGAGCGGCUCCUGCGCUGCUCGGACCCCGAGGCUCCCCCCGAGAUUCCCCCCGAGGGACCCCCGGAGGGUCCCCCCGAGGCGGCCCCGGCGCGGCCGCUGAGCCCGACGCGGCUGCAGCCGCUGCUGCCGCCCGAGGCGCGCCGGGUGCCCGAGUUCCAGGAGGUGGCCCGGGUGCUGGCGGAGAUGCCGCGGCCGCUCAAGCGCCGGGGCUCCAUGGAGCAGAGCCCCGGGCCCGCCGCCGCCCCGGCGCGCACCCGCCACUACCGGCAGCUGAUCCCGCGCCUGCUGCACCGGCCCGGGGCGGCGGCGGCGGCGCCGGGGGAUGGCGGCGGGGAGGCGCCGGUACCGGUGCCGAUGUCGCCGUCUCCUCCUGCUCCGGCCGUGGAGGGCUCGGCCCCGGUGGCACCGGCGGUGGCCGCGGGAGCGGGAGCGGGGCAGGUGCCGGAGCUGCGCUCGGCGCUGCGCGACCCCUCCUCUCCGCGGCGCCGCCCCGGGGCGCGGGUGCGGCUGAACCCGCUGGUGCUGCUGCUGGACGCGGCCCUGACCGGGGAGCUGGACGUGGUGCAGCAGGCAGUGGCUGAGCUGAACGACCCGAGCCAGCCCAACGACGAGGGCAUCACGGCGCUGCACAACGCCAUCUGCGGCGCCAACUACGCCAUCGUGGAGUUCCUGAUCGCCAGCGGCGCCAACGUCAACUCCCCCGACAGCCACGGCUGGACCCCUCUGCACUGCGCGGCCUCGUGCAAUGACACGGGCGUGUGCGUGGCCCUGGUGCGCCACGGCGCCGCCAUCUUCGCCACCACGGCCAGCGACGGCAGCCUGGCGGUGGAGAAAUGCGACCCGUACCGCGAGGGCUACGCCGACUGCUCCAGCUACCUCACUGAGGUGGAGCAGGGCAUGGGGGUGCUCAACAGCGGGGUCGUGUACGCGCUCUGGGAUUACAGCGCCGAGUUCGGGGACGAGCUGUCGUUCCGCGAGGGGGAGCCGGUGACGGUGCUGCGCCGCGAGCCCCCCGACGAGCUCGACUGGUGGUGGGGGUCCCUCUACGGCCACGAGGGAUACGUGCCCCGCAACUACUUCGGGCUCUUCCCGAGGGUUCGGCCACAAAAGAAGAAAAUCUGAGGGGGGGUCUCGACCCCUCCCCUCCCCCCCAAAAUCGGGACACGCCCCCUUUGCUGUCCCCUCCCCCCCCGUGGUGUCCCC